AUGAGUGCCUUAAAUGAAGCAGAUUCAACGGUAAUUUUGGAUGUAAUCGAAAUGAAAAAUGAUCCUAAUUGGAAAUUACAAAGAUUGAAAGACGAGUUAUCCCAAAUGUGUUGGCAAUAUACCAAAUCAGAAGCACUUAUUCGAAACUAUAAUGGAGAAAAAUAUGGAACAAAUAUUGUAUGGGCCCACAUUGUUCAAUUUGUGACUCCCAUUGACAUGAGAGUUCGGCCUAUUUUCGCAACUCGUAUAUAUCACAAGUUGCUAAUCAAACUGGAGGAUUUCGCACGUAACAACACCUUACAAUUUUUUGAAAGGGAUCAGCUGAUUGAAUCAGUACCAUGCUUAGCAUAUGCUAAUCAUCGAUUCUUCAGAGGGAAAAUAGUGAGGGUAUCCAAUAAAGAGAGUGUUGAAGUUGAGAAUGUUGAUAACGGGGGAAGAUUUCUGUUAGCGAAAGAGAAGCUCAGGCCACUGCCAAUGAAAUUUGGUCGGAUUCCACCUCUAUCAUUGAAAUGCUUUUUAAACGGUACGAAGUUGUUCUUGAAGUUCAAGAAGUUUCAUUCAAAAGAUGCUGGAGCUUGUGUACUUGAUCCUAAAAAAGUGAUGCUCUUCCGAAAACAAAUCUCUGAUGGUAACGACUUAGUACGGAUUGAAUUUUGUUCCAAUGAAGAGCCUUUCAGAGUAAAAUUCCGUAGAGUUAGACUACUACUAUCAUUAUGUUUACAGGUCAAUGUUCUUCAUCCAACAAUUUUGAAUAAUAACUUAGCUGAAAUAUUCUCUCAGAGAGCUUUCAAAGUAGGCGAAGAAAUGUGCACUUCGGAGACAAGAAGGGAACCAGAGGAGGACAAAUAUGGGACAACUCUGAAAUUUAAAAAAUUUCUCCGACUGCCCAGAAGGUCUUUAGAAUAUUACGUCAGCCACAUAGAAAACGCUCAAGAAAUAUUCUUGAAAACUGAAACUAUGAAAAGAUCAACAAUGAAAAUCGAAAAUUUCAUAAACCUACACUGGGACGCCUUCGAUGAAUACGAUACAAUAAAAAGAGAGAGAGCUGUCUUGAUCAGAACUUGUAGCGAAACAUACCAUCGUGCAAGUAUGAAUCCUCAAUCAUCUUUUUUGUUAAUAGACCAUGGAAAAACUUUGCCUCCUGGCGUUGUAAUGCAAAUACGGAACAUACCAAGUAACUGGUUACUCAGUGCCGCUCCAGGGGUCUAUAAAGCUCUUUUAACCGGAAGGUCAAAAUACCCGCCACAUUAUUCUGAAACUAAAAUUCUCCGAGAGCUGUUACCUACAGGUGUAAAAGUUUAUUUCAACUGUAGCACGAGAGAUUCUGCUUCUGAGGGGAAUUUAGAGAGUGAAAAUUACAAAGAUUUGAUUUCGACUCUGGACGAAAGGUUGCUUGAAGCUCGAAUCAACCCGUCUUGUUUGGAAGUCCUUCCAUACAACAAUCGAACAAACAGAUGA